AUGUUGCAGAACGGGUGCACGGUGAAGUGUUGUAUUUUUUUGAGAUUUUCCCGGCCGAUCGUUUGGAAAUACUGGCCGCAGCUCUGCUCCUUGUCACCGUACGCCCAUCGCUCUGCCAUCUCCUUGCUCCAAUUCCACAGUCUUCAUAUAACUGCACAACCUCCUGUCCGACUGUUUGGGCAGACGGGACUGGGACAUUUCCCGUUGUCCAUCUCGAUCGAUGAUGGAAGCGUGGCGUUGGGCGGAAUACCAAAGACUCCAGGAACAAUAUCUCCGGAUGGACCCGCCGGCCGCUCACCCAAACUCUUCCAGCGUUCGGCCUGCUGCAGGGGACACUGUCGACGACGAUUGUGGGGGGUAGCCGGAGUUAUUUUGCGGGCAGGCUUCGGGUCAGGCCGCUUCAGCCGAGUUUUAACUUUUUCGAACCUACUGGCUCGUGCUGGACCCUGCCCUUUUGUUCUCUGUUAUAAGCGAGACGGCUCGUAG